AUGGCUAUAGACGCUCCGUCUUUGGUUACUUUUCAUCAGAGCGUGGGGCGUUUGCGCCACUUGCACUUCCAAACCUCAUCAUCGACAUUCUUUUCUCCUCACGAGUUUGUUGCUGGGUUUCCCAUAACAUGUGGAUGUGCUUUUUCUCUCUCCGCCUUCUCACCUUCAGUCCUACCAAAUAACAAUCGGAGUUCGCUUUCAGCUUUAUCACUUUACUUGUUUUCUAUUCUGUCUAGAGUGGAUGAGGCACUAAAUUUGGCCGAACGUAUGCUAGGGCAUCGGAUUUACACAGUCCAAACAGGUGAAGCUGGGCAAACCUGUAACACACUGCUAGUGUGCGAACGAAAGUAUUCCCGACGCGAGCACUACUUCGCCAUCGUACUGGAUCGAGAACUCGGUGGGCCAGUGAUGCUCGGUUGUGAGCAAGGAGGUGUCGACAUCGAAGGGUUGGCGCGAGAUCAGCCCGAUACUUUGAUCAAGAUGCCGAUCGAUAUUGAUGCCGGUUUGUCCCGCGAAGAAGCCGUACAAAUGGCUAUCAAACUGAACUUCACUACUCCGGAUUUAGUUCAGCAGGGUGCCACAUACAUUGAACGCUUGUACAAGCUGUUUUCAGAGACAGAUUGCUCACUACUAGAGAUCAACCCCAUCGCUCAGGAUAUACACGAUCAAA